CGUUAUCAUCAGAAAAAUAGUAUCAGACUUGGUGCUUUCACACUUAGACACAAACUCAUCAAUUUUCUUCCCAUUACCAAGCCAUGGAGUUUCUUCUAUGGGAUAUUGCCUUUGUCAUAAUAGUUCUUUCUCUACUACUUCCAUCGGUUUUCCUUAAACUUCUCUCCGUUACCCCAAACUUCGAAGCUCGGGAGAAAGUGGGUGUUAUUGGGUGUGAUCAUGAUCAUGAGCAUGGAGUUAAAUCUGAUUCUAAGAGCGGGGAAACGGAUGAAGUUGUUCAGAUUGUGGGGAAAAUUGAUGAAUUCGGAGACAAGUCGAUACUGGGAAAAAUAGGAGUCCCAGAAAUUGUGGAUGUGGAUCGUGGAUCGCCCAAUAUACGCAAUUCAAAGACGAUCGAUGAGGAGAGUAGUGUUUUCAAUGAAACUGAACUUUUGAAUUUGGCUGAGGAUCAUGUUGUGGAUGAGAGUAAUGAAGGGGUUAUGAAAAUUAACGAAGUUGAGGUGGAACUGGUGGAGUAUGAUUCUUGUAGAGUGCUCAAAACUGAAGAGUUUGAGAUCUUGCCGUUCGAAAAAAACUAUAAUGAGAUUGAUGAAUCGGGUAGAAACGAGGAUAUCGGUGAUUGGGAGAAAAUAGAAAGAACUGAUUUGGAGAAGAGUUUUGGUGCAGCGGUUGUAUUUGUCGGAUCCAGGAUCAACGAUAAUAGUCUUAGUAAUGAAGUGAAGAUAAAACUUCAUGGUUAUUACCGAAUUGCUACACAGAGUUCUUGCCACGAACCUCAACCAUUGACACUGAAGUUCUCUUCUAUUCGAGCAAAAUGGACUGCAUGCCAAAAAAUUAGGAUUAUGAGUUCAGAGCAGGCAAUGGAGCAAUAUAUUAGCCUUUUAUCAGAAAGCAUUCCAUGUUGGAUUGCAGAAAAACCUUAUGAUAUUGCUGAGCCGGCUUCACAAGAGAUCCAUGCAUCUGCAAAAAACUACCCUUAUGAAUUAUGAUUUGAAGGCAUAGAUAAUCGUGGGAAUUGAUUAUUCCAUUUUGAAUUCCGAAGCAUAGCAAUUGAAAAUAUUUCCGAAUGCAGAAUUGAUUGGUUCUCAAGAAUGUCCCGAGCCAUUGGAUACACACGAUAAUGAAGUUGGGUUCCGAAGGUUUACCAUAUUUUGCCGUGUCGUGUCAUUUUUUGUUACCUGCAACCUUGAACUUGCAUAUUGAACUUCCAUUCGCGUAGAUAAGAUUUUUUUUUGUCUUGUUCGCUGAUGCGUAGAAAAUGUUUAUAAAAGGAAAUUAUUUGGCAGAAUAUUUUAGCUACACAUACAAGUAAAAGUGAUUAUAAUUUGGAUGAAAAAAAUUACUUUAGCCUUUUGUUUA